CCCCGAAUCCGGCCACGGCAUGUGAGGCCCGCGUGGCGCGACCGACAUCUCGCUGUCGUGGCACCACGUGGCCGCGCAAGCCAUAUAUCAACCGCUCGUUUAUAGUAGUGCACCGAGAUUAGCGCUGGAGUAUACAGUAACGACUCUUGGUUGCGUGCACGGGUGGCGCGGUGCACGCUGUCUUACCCGUGUAUCGUAGCCGCACCACCGCCCCAGCAUAAAACCCCGAUCGCGAUUUCCCUCGGCACCCUCGAGCCGUUCAUGUUUUCCUCUCCGCGGCCCGCGCGCGCUCCGGCUCAUCGCCUCGGAAAUCGGUGAUUUGAGGGGUGUUUUUGGAUCUCAAGAGAGAUAAAAAGAAGAUAUUUUUGGUGGAAUAAAGUGGGUGUUCUGCUGCUGUCCGAAUUCCACAGAUCGGUUGAAUUCCACAGAUCGGUUGGAAAUGACAUCGAACGAGAUGGAUUCGGGAUCCGGGCAGUACGGGUGCUCCCAUUAUAGGAGGAGAUGCAAGAUAAGGGCGCCCUGCUGUGGCGAGAUCUUUGAUUGCAGGCAUUGCCACAACGAAGUGAAGAACUCCCUGGAAAUUGACCUGCGAGAACGGCACGAGAUUCCUCGCCAAGAAGUGAAAAUGGUUAUCUGCUCCCUCUGUGACACGGAGCAAGAUGUUCAGCAAUAUUGCUCAAACUGUGGGGUUUGCAUGGGAAAAUACUUUUGUGGCAAGUGCAAGUUCUUUGAUGACGAUGUUUCUAAGAAUCAAUACCAUUGUGAUGGAUGUGGGAUAUGCAGAACUGCGGGUGAGGAGAACUUCUUCCACUGCUACCGUUGCGGAUGUUGCUAUACCAAGUCACUGAAGGAUUCACACCAUUGUGUGGAAAGAGCAAUGCACCACAACUGCCCGAUCUGCUUUGAGUAUCUUUUUGAGUCAAUAAAGGACAUCAGUGUAAUGCCUUGUGGUCACACGAUACAUUUGGAAUGCUUGAAGGAGAUGAGGCUGCAUUUCCAAUUCUCAUGCCCUGUUUGCUCGAGAUCAGUUUGUGACAUGUCCAGUGUGUGGGAAAAGCUUGAUCAGGAGGUUGCUUCAACACCAAUGCCUGAAAUGUACGAGAACAAGAUGGUGUGGAUCCUUUGCAACGAUUGUGGAAUGAGGUCCAAUGUCCAUUUCCACAUUGUAGCUCACAAGUGUCCAGGCUGUAAUUCCUACAAUACCAGACAGACGAGAGGUGGUCCCGCUAGGUGCUCGACCAUUUGAGUGAUGCAUCACCAGGAAUGCUAUUGCUGUUCAAGAAAAACGCAAAAAUGGGAUUUACAUCUUUUGAUCAUCACGAGACUAGGUGCAGGGCAAAGAAUUGUCUUCAGUCGAGGAAGUAGAUGUUCUUUUGAAUGUAUACUCCUCGGGGCCGCAUUCUCUUUCAACAUGGGGUUAGUGUUUGUGCCAAAAAUCUCUCAUCUGUCCAGUUAAUGGGAUAAGCUGAUCGGUUCAGCUCUGGCCUGUGAAUUCUAAGGUUAAUUAGCUUUUGGUGUUGCUGUUUUUCCAACACCUGUUGAAUAAAUUUUGCUUGUAUUACAAAGUCAGCUUUAAAAGUAAAUAAUGAGAUGCUUCUUGCGUUUCUUAGAUGGAGGUUGUUUCAUGCCUUUUCAGUAUAAUAUAUCUCAUUCUCCCAGAUCUUUGUGUUUGCUGUUUUUCCAACACCUGUUGAAUAAAUUUUGCUUGUAUUACAAAGUCAGCUUUAAAAGUAAAUAAUGAGAUGCUUCUUGCGUUUCUUAGA